AUGCCUUCCAGAGAUUACAUAGCAGAGAAAGAUAAAAUCAAGACCUUUCUUCGAGAUUUCUAUGUUGAUAAUGAUGCUGGGAAAAACUUUGUUUAUUCUAAACAGUUGAAAAACUUGGCUCAUCGUGAACAAGUCAGCUUGGUUAUUGAUGUAGAUGAUAUUGUGGAUUUUGAUCCUGAUUUGGCAGAUGGCAUUGUUGAUAAUACUCAGAGGUACACCCUAAUCUUUGGCGAAGCUGUUCAAGAACUCCUGCCAGAAUUUAAAGAGAGAGAGGUGGUAUCCAAAGAUGCCCUUGAUAUUUAUAUUGAGCAUCGUUUGCUGAUGGAACAAAGGAACCAGCGUGCUGAUGGCGGCCAAGCAAUUAAUAGAGAUCCCCGAAACAAAUAUCCUCCUGAGCUGUUGAGAAGAUUUGAAAUAUUUUUCAAGGCCACUUCUCGUCAGAAGCACUCCUCUGUGAGGGAUAUCAAGGCCGAUAGUAUUGGCAAAUUGGUGUGUGUCAAAGGGAUUGUGACAAGAGCCACUGAAGUGAAACCCAAAAUGUCUGUAGCAACUUAUACUUGUGACACUUGUGGUAAUGAGACUUAUCAGCCAAUAGCAUCUCAGACAUUUAUGCCACUACUGAUGUGCCCAAGUCAAGAGUGUACAACCAACAAAUCUGGAGGAAGGCUUUAUCUCCAAAGUCGAGGCUCCAAAUUUAUAAAAUUCCAAGAAGUAAAAAUUCAAGAGCAUAGUGAUCAAGUUCCUGUUGGAAACAUUCCUCGAAGUAUGACUGUCAUUUGCAAAGGUGAAGUUACCAGACAGGCCCAACCAGGUGAUCAUGUCAGCAUCACAGGUGUAUUCCUUCCUAUGAUGAAGACUGGUUUUAAUCAAAUCACUGCUGGUUUAUUGUCUGAUACUUUCCUAGAAGCCCAUAGGAUUGUCAAAAUGAACAAAACUGAAGAUGAUGAAAUGGAUGCCCAAGAACUGACUGAGGAUGAAUUAAAGACUGUGGCAGAGGAUGAUUUCUAUGACAAAUUGGCCAGUAGCAUAGCACCAGAAAUCUAUGGACAUGAUGAUGUAAAGAAAGCGCUUUUGUUGCUGUUAGUGGGUGGUGUUGAUAAAUCUCCUCAAGGCAUGAAAAUCAGAGGCAACAUCAACAUUUGCCUGAUGGGAGAUCCUGGAGUUGCCAAAAGUCAGCUGCUUUCAUACAUUGACAGAUUAGCACCAAGAAGUCAGUACACAACUGGACGUGGUUCAUCAGGAGUUGGCUUAACUGCUGCUGUAAUGAAGGACAAUGUAACUGGUGAGAUGACCUUGGAAGGUGGUGCUCUUGUCUUGGCUGAUAAAGGCAUCUGUUGCAUUGAUGAAUUUGAUAAAAUGAUGGAUGCUGAUAGAACUGCAAUUCAUGAAGUUAUGGAACAGCAAACCAUUUCCAUUGCCAAGGCUGGAAUCAUGACAAGUUUGAAUGCACGGGUUUCUAUCCUAGCUGCAGCAAAUCCAGCCUAUGGACGUUACAAUCCCAAGAAAUCCCUUGAGCAGAACAUUCAACUACCAGCUGCUCUGCUUUCACGAUUUGAUCUUCUCUGGUUAAUUCAGGAUAAACCUGACAGGGAGAAUGAUCUUAGAUUAGCUCAGCACAUCACAUAUGUUCAUCAACACAACACCCAACCACCCACGCAUUUUGUUCCACUUGACAUGAAAUUAAUGAGGAGGUACAUUGCCUUGUGCCAAACAAAGCAGCCAGUAAUUCCUGAGAGCCUGUCUGAUUAUAUCACUGGUGCUUAUGUUGAGAUGCGGAAAGAAUCUCGAAACAAUAAAGACACAACUUUUACAUCUGCCAGAACGCUUUUGGCUAUUCUUCGACUCUCUACAGCUUUGGCUCGCCUUCGCUUAGCUGAUGUAGUUGAGAAAGAGGAUGUUAAUGAAGCUAUGCGUUUGAUGGAAAUGUCCAAGGAUUCUCUUAAUCCUCAAUAUGAUGCUUAUGGACGGACAACCAAUACAAUCGAUCAGGUAUUUGCCAUCAUCAAAGACAUGGCAUCUGUAAUGAAAGGCACCAAAUCCCUGAAGAUGGCUGAUGUAAUGGAGUUGUGUAUGGCCAAAGGUCACAAACCUGAUGUGAUUGAUGCUUGUAUUGAAGAGUAUGAGGAACUCAAUGUAUGGCAUGUGAAUGCUGCCAGGAACAGAAUUACUUUUGUCUAA